GAGAGAGAGAGAGAGAGAGAGAGAGAGAGAGAGAGAGAGUCUGAGAGGGAAAACAGUAAAAGCGCGUUCUGCUUCUUUCUAUUUCCCAUCGCUUCUGAUCUUCUUCUCUUCUUCUCUUCUUCACCAUUAAAAAUUGUGUUUUCAGAUCCAGCUCUAGGGUUUUCAAUCCCUCGUCCCUCUUUUGACAAUGGCGAAAGCCAGGUACCCGCGUUUUCCACCUCGGAAAUCGUCGUCUUCCACGGUUGUUCUUUCCAUGCUUCUCAUGUUCUCCUUCGUCGUUCUCGUUCUUCUUGCUCUCGGGCUCCUCUCGAUUCCGAGCCACUCCGGCGAUUCACCACGAGCCAAUGAUCUCAGUACCAUUGUUCACAGGACAGUGGAGAGAAGUGAUGGAAAUGAUGGGAAAGGGGAGCCAUGGAGUGAAGUGAUCUCAUGGGAACCCAGAGCUUUUGUUUAUCAUAAUUUCUUGUCCAAGGAUGAAUGCGAGUACCUAAUCAAACUUGCUAAGCCUCAUAUGCAAAAGUCAACUGUAGUUGAUAGCUCAACAGGCAAGAGUAAAGAUAGCAGGGUCCGCACAAGCUCUGGAACAUUUUUGACUAGAGGUCAGGACAAAAUUAUUAGAGGCAUUGAGAAAAGGCUUUCUGAUUUCACCUUCCUGCCCGUAGAGCAUGGUGAAGGACUUCAAAUUCUCCACUAUGAAGUUGGACAAAAAUAUGAGCCUCACUAUGACUACUUCCUUGACGAUUAUAACACUAAGAAUGGAGGACAGCGUAUGGCUACAGUUCUUAUGUACCUCUCUGAUGUUGAAGAAGGGGGUGAAACAGUAUUCCCUGCUGCCAAAGGGAACUUCAGUUCAGUGCCUUGGUGGAAUGAGUUAUCUGAAUGUGGAAAAGAGGGACUUUCUGUUAAACCAAAGAUGGGUGAUGCAUUGCUUUUCUGGAGCAUGAAGCCUGAUGCUUCUCUUGAUCCCUCAAGUUUGCAUGGUGGUUGCCCUGUGAUUAAAGGAAACAAGUGGUCAUCAACUAAAUGGAUUCGCGUCAAUGAGUACAAGAUUUAAACUAGUUGUGAAAGAGCAUGGUCCAGGAGUGAAUGACACAAGCACUGCUUUCAUUUGGUUCCAGUCCGGCAACUCUUCAGGUCGCGGUGCUGAUUUAUUUAUGAACAAAUAUAAUUACUGUCUGUGAUGAUUAUUGAGGUGAUGAUUGUGGCUCAUUGGUUUUAAUGUGCAUGCAAGUCAUGACAUCGCUCUGACAGUGCUUGAGGCCAUAAUUGCGUGGCAGGGCAGACAGUAGUUAUAUGAGGCUUUAUGGACAAACCAGAAACUGCAUUUCCAGAAAAGGAGCAAUGAAGCUUUAAGAACUGCACACAGCUAGAUCUCGUAAUGUUCCUUUAGAGCUAGGUCUAUAGUGCCUGAUGAGCAAGGCCCAUCUUCAAACAAGAAUGGUCAGAACAUAUCGUACCCCCACCCAGAGAUUUAAUACGUCAAGCAGGGAAAGGCUUAGAAGAGACAAUAGAUGAGAGGAUUGCACAACCGCCGCACAGCGUAUUGAGAGCGUGGCAAAUAACGCUUUCAGGAAAUACCAGGGGUAGACUUAUGACAUCUGAUGUGUUGAAGUUUGAACCAAUGAUUGUAUUGCAAGCUUGUUAAGCAUGUGGUUGAUUUA